AUGUCCCGGUGUGGGGCGUACGAUAAGUUAUUUUCUCGAACACUCGCUAGCUAUCGCUCUUUGCCGAAACAUUGUCCACGUUUAUUGUUUAUCGCAAAAGUUCCCGUCGCCCGCGCUAGUACCAGCAGGUAUCCGAUGCUCGCGCCUGCAAUGAAGUCCCAACCGUCGAACGCCGAGUCCAAAACUGUAGAUGGAAAGCGCCAAGGAGGCACAAUACCCAACCCUAGGUCAUCUUGGAGGCCGUACCGCGGUCGAUGGAAUGCCAAAGUGGCCUAUCGGGAUAAUCGCAAAGAAGCGCCUCGGGAAGAACCCGCUACCCAUGAUGCCCAUACGUCGCGGCGAGGCCGGCCACACCAAAACCAGAGAAAUCCUAGAGUAUAUUCAAACGGGGCGACGAAUUCGAAUUCUUAUGAUGGCCUAUCAGGAAGGUCACACUCACCACGGUGGGAAGCGCCGUCGCAACAACCGCCCCAAUCGCAGAAUGACCAGGCGCAGUUGCCUGCAAACAAUACUUUCGCCGACUUCCCAAUGGUGAACCCAUUUAAUAUGUUCAGUGGCCUUCCAGUACCCUCAGAUCUUUCGGCAUUUCAGCCACCGUUUUCCACGCCAAACAUGUCACAGCAACAACAAUCACAAUUCCCUUCGCAGUUUGAUCCGUCUUUACCGAAUCCUGCAUUUUUUCCUUUACUCGGUGGUGGGAACCCGUUUCUAAGUAUGCCGCCGUUCCUAUCACCGGCCGCUUUUAUGAACCUCGAUAUGCAGAGUCAGGCAGCUUUAAACCCGAUGUUAAAUACUGUUGAUCAGAACGGAACACCUACUUCGGCUGGUUUCGGUGCGGCUGCUCCCUUGGCGCCGGAUCAGAAACGGCCCAGUGCUGCUAAAGCCCAUCGCCAGGCUUUCAAAGCGCCCCGACCCCCUUCCGCGACAAAUAAAUACCUUAACCAAUCAUCAUUAUCACCCAAGUUAACAUCAUCUCCACGACCUUUGCUUGUAAUCCUUGACCUUAACGGCACUUUGAUAUACCGGAAAACGAAGAAGUUCCCGCCAUCAUUCUCGCGAAGAGCUGGCUUGGAUGAGUUCUUAAACGUCCUGGUUGAAAAGUACAAGGUCAUGAUCUGGUCAAGUUCAACACCACCGACAGUAGCCGCUGUCUGCCAGAAGUUGUUCCCAGAAUCCAAAAGGAAAGAACUCGUCGCCGAAUGGGGCCGGGAUAAACUCGGCCUCACGAAGUCUGAAUACAACUCCAAAAUCCAGGUUUACAAGACUUUGGAAACAGUCUGGACCAAUAAGCAAAUCCAAGCAUCAUACCCAGGCAAAGCUCAAAAGGGUGGCCCCAAAGCAAAGAAACAGCCAUCCCGCUGGGACCAGACAAACACCAUCCUGAUUGACGACAGCAAACUCAAAGCCCUUAGCGAACCCUACAACCUCAUUGAGAUCCCGGAAUUCACUAACAACCCUGUUAUUGACGAAUCCGACCUUUUUCCCAAAGUCCUCCAGCGCCUCGAACUCCUCGCCAAAUGCGACGACGUCAGCAAGAUGCUCUACAAGUGGACAUCCACAUCCCCCGAAACAAGCAUCCUCGACCUUGACCUAGGCCCCAUCGAAUGCAAACACGACAGCCUUGGUGAUGACAGUCAGCAUAACCAUGCUGAUCUCGACCCAGCCGAAGCCCGUAAACUCAGCCGCAAGACACGCAAGGCCCAGAAAAAGGCCGCUCGCAAAACCGCCGCCAUCCUCGCAGCGAGGACAUCUGCCUCAGAUUCAGCUCCUGUCCAGUCGCUACAAUAUUCUCCGUCAAACCCACCUGCAGAUGAACUCGGAAACCAGAAUCGUCCUAUGAAUUCGAUAUCAAAGUCACAAAGGCAGAGAUCGCCAUCCUCUGCGUCGUCUGUGCAAUCGGGGAACACCCUUCUUGACCGAUUAGAAGAGUCUUUAAACUCUUGA